AUGGGAGCCUAGUUCAUCUUUGACAUGGUUGGCUUCAUUUUAUUGGACAUGGUGGGGAUCCCAGGGAACCUAGUCAUCCUCUAUGCCUUCACCCACUUCUCUGAAAUCAUCCUGAGCAAGCUCGCACUCUCCAACCUCCUGGUUAUCCUGACCCAGGGGAUCCCCAUCACCCUCAAAACCUUUAGGCUUCAGAACAUGUAAAAUGACCUGGUCUGCAAAAUUACCCUCCAUAUUUACUGCGUGGGCAGAGCCAUGACCAUUUGCAUCACCUCCCUGCUGGGCUGUUUCCAGUGUAUCCUCAUUGUCCCAUCUCCUUGCAAAUGGUUGCCCUUGAGAGAGAAUCUGCUGAAAAAUUUCUCCUCAGUUAUGAUUUCCUUAUGGUGCUUCAAGCUCUUUGUGUGCAGCACUCACCUGACUUAUUCCUCCUCCCAGGCUGUUGCAAACUCCUCCAUCAUCAAAAGCCACACAGUGGUGUACAACGUCUGCUGCGUGGUGUUCCCCAACCACCUUUUGUACUUAGGAAAUGGGGCAGUGUCUGUCAUUCGGGAUUUGUUCUUCCUGGGAAUCAUGACUCUUUCCAGCUGCUACCUUCUCUUCAUGUUUUAUCAGCACAGGAAGCAGGCAAAACAUCUGCUGGGGCUGCAUACAAAGCAUGCAGAGAUCCAGGCAGCCAAAGCCAUGGUGGCUCUGUUAAUUAUGUACCUUCUCUGUUUUGGGCUGGACAGCCUUUUCUGGAUCUAUACCCUCUGUACGUACCCAGUCUCACUGAGGCUCAUUGAUGCACAGAUGUUCCUUGAUUCCUGCUACUCUCCCAUCAGUCCAUUGGUGAUUAUCCUGACCAACAAGAAGGUACAGACAGGUUUGAAAUGUGCAACCAGGAGGAGACCGUUAUCAGGUGCAGAAAGUAUCUCAAAGUACAUCCAAUGAGAAACAAAUGGGCCAGGUAGCAACUUUCAGGCUUAAGGCUUAUUCAGCUUUGUUUUUAAAUAUUGCAAGUGUGUGUGUGUGUGUGUGUGUGUGUGCAUGCGCGCACACAGGCAGAGCAAUUUAUACAUCAAGUAUCUCAGAACAACAAAACAAAAAAAUAACAAAAGUAAAUUCUCCAUGAGACAGAAUGAAAACACAGGGUAAAAAAAAAAUCUGUAUUUGACACCCAGGCAAUAACACGCAGGCAAUAACGAGAGGAAGGAUGGUUUUGUGAUUAAAGCACAACUCAGGGAAACCUGGUUUGAUUCCUACUUUAGCCAUAAACUUCCAGUGUGAGUAGAGAAAGAAACUAGUUUCCUUCCAUCUAAAUAAGUACCAAAGUUUCAGUAAAAACUGGGGUACAUUUUCUGAAAUAGUCCAAUUGGAAAGG